AUGCGGUGGUUCUUCGUCAUUUCGGCCCUUUUCAGUGUAAUUCAUGGGGUUACAACAGAGAUUGAAAUCGACGCCAAAGGAUAUGUUUUGUUCUGUCCGUGUAUGGGUGCGUUUUACUAUCUUUGUGAAAACUUUUUUUUGAAGACUUGAAGGCCAAAAUACGACAGACGCAAUUAAUGGUGGUAUGAAAAAAAAGCCAGCGUAAUUUUGAAAGGCGGCUUUUCCAAUUUUUCCGUAUCUUCCGGAACUUUCCGACGGCCACCUUUCCGACGAAAUUUUUUCCGACUUUUUUCCCUUAUGUUUUUUGGUUCAUAAAACAUCUAUAAACAUUUUUUUUCUAUGUCUUGGUGUUUUUAAUCAUGAACAACUUGCCUACUUUAUAUAGGGAGAUUUAAAACGGAGAGUACAUCGAGAAAAAAAGUCGGAAAAAAACUCGUCGGAAAGUUCCCUAGCGAUAUGAAAAAAUCGGAAAAAUCGCCGUUUGAAUUUUCGCUGGUCUUUUUUUCCUCCCACCCAAUUAAUAGCUUCUUUUUUGCUUUAUUGAAAUUUGUAAGGCUAUCAAAAAAACUAUGAAGUAAGUUUUUGAAAAAUAAUCAAGAGAACCUUCUUAUUCAAAAAAAUGUUGAUUAACAAAUACUAAAAUUUUUUUGAAGAAAAAUUAUAAAUUUAAAGUCCAAGUAGUUUUUUUGUUUGCUGCUGUGGAGUUACGGUAUUUUUUCAAAAAUCGGCGUUGAAUUUAAUUGCUUUGAAACCUCAAAAAGUCUUUUAAAUAAAGUGUUACUUCAAACUUCGCUUCAAAAACAGGAAAACACACAGUAACGUCAAUAAAGAAACGAAAAACAAAGUUUUCGGUCCCAAAUUUCUUGUAAGGAAUUCAAUCUUUCUAAAACGUUCUAAAGUUGUUAUGACUGUUAUUUUUUUAACACUCUGAUAAAGUUUCAGUUUACGAAAAAAACACCCUGCUUCAGAAACAAUCAGUAAAAUUAAAAUUUUUUUACAAAAAAAUCGUGACGAAAUUUCCGUUUUUUUCGAAUCUUUUUCUCACGGUAAUGUAAGAAUGUAGUUUGUUCUAUGCGGUUUUGGAAUCAUUCUGUAUUUCCAAAUUGAAAAAGCGCCCAGAAAAGACUGAUACGACUUUGAAGAUUCUCAAGUUUUCAAAAACGUUUUUUUUUUCCCCGAAAAUGCUUCUUUGGCAAUACUUUCGUCAAAAAGCUCACUUUUUGAACGCGUAUUUGCUCUGACGUUAUAGAGAAUUUUUGAAAAUGUCUGAAAUUGAAAACUCUAAGGGGUUUGCCUUACAUAUACUUUUCAGGACGAUUUGGUAACCAGCUCGAUCAACUACUUGGUGUGAUGAAUUUUGCUCGUUCUCUAGAUCGAACGCUUGUUCUUCCAUAUUUCAUCGAAUACCAUCAUCCAGAUACGGUGAUAACUUUUUAUCGGCAAACAGACAUUUGGAAAUUUAUAGGAGCUGAUUCCUUUUGAACGAAUAUUCAAACCGGAUUCUAUGAAAAUGUUCGGUAGAGUUAUAACUAUGAACGAUUUCGUCAAACAUGUGAUGCCCAAAGUUUGGCCAAAGGAUAAGCGAAUUGGUGAGUUCUCAAAUGGAAAUAUUUUUUCAAACCGGGCUUCAGCUUUAUGUUGGACCCCACGAGAAGCGAUUUACGACAAGACCUUACCUCACGGUUGUCAUCCACACGAGGGAAAUCCUUUCGGACCGUACUGGAGCAAAGUCGGCGUGAAUUUCGUCGGUGUGUUGGGCUCAUUUUAGAAUUAAUGAAUUUUAUCCGAUUAAGGCAACGAAUAUUUCGGAAAGUUACCUGGCGCAUAUGACCUUACUUAUCCGGGCAGUCGUAAGGCUUGGAUGGACAAGUAAGUUAUGGAAUUUGAAAUCGAACACGGUUUUCAAAAGGUAUCCGCCCGCAGUGCAUCCGGUUCUGGCCUUUCCAAGCGCACCAGCACAAUUUCCCUCAACAGCAAAAGUUUGGGAUAAUCAAAGGUCGGUUUAUUUUUUAUUAUUCAUGUUAACAACCUUAUCAGGUAUUCAAACACCGUAAUUUCUGAUCUUCUGCUAACAAAGCCAUCUUCUUUUCUCAUAAUAUUUUGAUUCUGCCGAUUGAUUUUUUAUUCUGUUCAGCCAGCAAAAAAAUAAAAUACAGUACUGUCAGAAGCGAAAAAACGUUUACCACUUCUCUGUAAGGAAUUCAAUCAUUCUAAAAUUUCCUGUAAUUGUGAUGAAUGUUAUUUUUAACGCUCUGAUGAAGUAUCAGUUCAUAGAAAAAAACCCAGCUUCAGAAGCUAUCAGAAAAAUUGAAUUCCUCACAAGAAAGUUUUGACCAAAAUUGCGUUUUUACAUAUUUUUUCUGAUGUUACUGUACAUUCAGAUCAAUUUCUGAUAAUGAAAUACUCAAGAGUCUGAAUAUAUCAUUUUACUAGGUAUCUGAAAUGGUCUUCGAGAGUCGUAACGGCGGCAAAGAAAUUCAUAAAUGAGAGUCUUCCUCAGCCGUACGUUGGAGUUCAUUUGCGCAACGGAGCCGAUUGGGUAUCCAAGUUUAAGAAAAUAAAUUCCUAAUUUGUUUUACAGAAAAAAGCGUGUGAACAUGUUGAUAAUCACAGUAAUAAGCCCUUUUUUGCGUCCGCCCAAUGUUUGGGUGAGAACCAUCAUCUCGGAAAACUUACCAAGGAGAUUUGCAUGCCCAGUAAAGCUACGAUUAUCAACCAGGUUGGUUAAUUUGGUGAAAAAGGCUCUUACUUUUGUUGAAAAAUUCACAGAAAAGUUUUUUUCAAGUUUCAUAAUUUGCAUAGAACGGCGAGAAAAACGCUUUAUCUAUUUUUUAGCUUUUCAGCGAAUGAACUUAAAGAUUAAAACUGAUAGAUGUGUUCAGAUUGUUGAUGAAGUUGGAAGAACGGGCGCGAAAUCUGUAUUUGUCAGCAGCGAUUCCAACCAUAUGCUCGAUGACAUCAACGAAGCUUUGAAGCCUUACGAUGUGAGUUUUGUCAAUAAUUUCCCAUUUUUUUAAACGAAAUUUCAACAACAUUGAUUUUUUUUGUGGUUUUUAAAGAAGAAGGACGCAAUUUCAAAUCAUUCAAAUUUAUCUAAAAUCAUUACUUUAUAGGCAAACGCUAUUUUGAACCUGUUCAAAGUUGAGGAUAACAUAAAAUUUUGUUUGAAAGCUUCAAAUUUUCCUGGUUUAGGUCGAAGCCGUGAAAUAUCCGUCAGAAGACAUCUACGUUGAUUUAGCGCUUCUGGGGCGUGCAGAUCUUUUCAUAGGAAACUGUGUUUCAACUUUUUCUAACAUCGUGAAACGGGAAAGAGAUUAUGGGUGGAGGUUACCACGCCCGACGGCUUAUUUCGGAGUGA